ACUCAGGGAACUCAAUGCCAGUUUCAGCCUCCUGACUGCCGGUCAGAUGUGCUACCACUACACCACCGAACCCAGGAUAUCCAAUCGACUUUCUGAAUCCCAUCCUCAUACAUACGAUUCGGGAAGCGGAGUGCUCAUCACCUUCUCUGGGUUUCUAAUGAACACUCUCAUCGGCUUCAUCUUCUAUGCACAUUUCGGGAAGAAGAAGAAUGCUAUCCCUCUAAGACCGUGGAGCGCCGAAGGCACGACCAUAGCAACCCCUUUGGGAAAAGAAACUUAC